AGUAUGGACUGCUGUUGUUUUGUGUCCGCGGCGUGGUAUUUCACGCUACUUUAUUUACUCGUUCACUGUUUGUGUUUCAUUUUCGCGGAUGCAGACUUGACUCUGUUGUGGUCCAGCGUGACAGGACACAGUCCAGAGACCAAGCUGAGGAGACUGGUGGUGUGGGUCACUGGAGCUUCCAGUGGUAUUGGAGAGGAACUGGCCUACCAGCUGGCAAAGUGUGGAUCACGUCUCGUCCUGUCUGCACGGCGUGAGGACGAGCUGAAUCGGGUGAAGCGCUGCUGUUUGGAGCGCUCCAACCUCAAGGAUGAAGACAUUCUUGUCCUUCCUCUCGAUUUGCUGCAGAGGACAUCGCACGCCGACAAGGCAAAAGCUGUUGUCCAGUAUUUUGGACAUAUUGAUGUUCUAAUUAACAACGGUGGCCGGAGCCAGCGCUCUCUGUUCGAGGAGACCAGUCUCGAUGUGUACCAGGCCUUGAUGGAGCUCAACGUCCUGGGCACGAUAUCCAUCACCAAGCACGUGCUGCCUUACAUGACACAGCGGGGAAGCGGGAGCAUCGUGACUGUCAGCAGCAUAACGGGCCUCGUUGGUGCGCCACUGAGUACAGGGUACGCGGCCAGUAAGCACGCUCUCCAGGGAUUUUUUAAUUCCCUCCGAAUUGAACUGACCGAGUACCCAAACAUACUCAUCAGCACAGUGUGUCCAGGGCCUGUGCAGUCACAGAUUGUCCACAAUGCCUUCACAGAGGACUUAAGCAAGCCUGUAAAGGCACCCGGUCUCCAGGAACAUAAGAUGGCAACGAGUCGCUGUGUGCGUUUAAUGCUGGUGGGGAUCGCCAACGGUGUCAAGGAAAUGUGGAUUGCACAACAGCCCUUCCUCUUUGUUUACUACGCCUGGCAAUACGUGCCCACAUUUGCCUUGUUCUUAACAAGCAAGUUGGGAAGGAGAAGGGUGGAAAAUUUCAGAGCUGGUUUGGACGCAGACGCCACAUACUUCACUAAAGCCAAGCGCUCCUGAAAGUCGAGACAGGUUUAUUGCAUUCCUCAUGGACAAAUGUGUAUUUAAAUGUUGUUUCCAUGCAAACUUUUAGGUUAAUUCUUUCUGAAGGGGAUCAAGUCUUUUUUUGUGCGCUUCAAUGUCAGAUGAGAAGGCUUCAUUUGAA